GGCAUGAAAGGGAAGAAUAAUCCGGUAUCCAGCUGAAAUUUGGUAAACGACCCAGGCCUCCCCUCCCCUCCAGCCCCCCGGAAGAUCAUCCAAUCCAAUCCAAACCUGAAUGCUUCGACUCGAGUGUGGACUGUGGGUUGGAGCGAGGCGGUUGUGAGACUCCUGGUUCGUGACUUGUGACUCGGCGUUGUCUCCCUCUCUGCGCAGGACGUCCGUCGCAGACCACAGCACCAUGCCUGAGGGAGCCCGUCGAGGCAGCAAGAAGAAAGCAGGCAGUCAAGUGGCCGCCAGACCAUCCUCCGUGUCCUCGCUGAGCGGGAUCGCCGGCGGCAUGGCCGCCGCCACCAUCUCGGGCAGCUGCACUUCGGUCAACACGGUGUGCUCGGACGGCGAGCGGCCCGUCAGCCUCAGCUCCUCCGCCUCCUCCGCCUCCCUGCCCGACAGCCAGAGCGCCUUCGGCAGCAGCGGGGCCUUGGGCGGGGGCUGCCCCGCCGGCUACCCGCCCGACGCCCAGCAGAACGGCUGCGACAUCAGCCUCGAUCUCACCCCGGUGGCGCUGCUGGAGGGGCCGGCCGAGGGGCCCCCGGGGGGCGCCAAGCGUGGCGGUGGCAGUGCCUGGUCCCCCGGGCCUGCCAGAGCCAGGGAACGGCGGGUCAAGCUGUCCCAGCUGGACCGGGUGGUGCUGGAGAUUGUGGAGACGGAGCAGGCCUACGUGCGGGACCUGAGGAGCAUCGUGGAGGAUUAUCUUGGCUGUAUCAUAGACAAUGGACAUCUGCCCCUCAAACCCGAGCAAGUGAGCGCUUUGUUCUGCAACAUCGAAGACAUCUAUGAGUUCAACAGCGAGCUCCUGGAAGAGCUGGAGAGCAGCGGCAGCGCCCAUGCCAUCGCCGAGUGCUUCGUGCAACGGAGCGAGGAAUUUGACAUCUACACCCUGUACUGCAUGAACUACCCCAAUUCGGUGUCGGUGCUGCGGGAGUGCAUGGAGAACCAGGUGCUGGCGGGGUUUUUCCGGGAGCGCCAGGCCACGCUGUGCCACUCCCUGCCCCUGGAGACCUACCUGCUGAAACCCGUCCAGAGGAUCCUCAAAUACCAUCUCCUGCUGCAGGAGCUGGCCCGGCACUGCGAGCGGAGCAGCGCGGGCUACGAGGCAGUGGAGGAAGCCACCAUCACCAUGACGGCCGUGGCCUGGUACAUCAACGACAUGAAGCGGAAGCAGGAACACGCCGCCCGGCUGCAGGAGCUGCAGGGGCUGCUGGUGGGCUGGAUGGGGCCGGAGCUGGAGGCCUUCGGGGAGCUGGUGCUGGAGGGGCAGUUCCGGGUGCAGCGGGUGCGGCGGGAACGCGCCUUCUUCCUCUUCAGCAAGAUGCUGCUGGUCGCCAAGCGCCGCGGGCCGGCCUUCGUCUACAAGAGCCACAUCUUCUGCUGUAACCUGGCCCUGUCGGAGAGCCUCAAGGACCCCCUGAGCUUCAAGAUCUCGGACCUCACCAUCCCCAAGCAGCAGCACGUGGUGCAGGCCAGGAACCAGGAAGAGAAGCGGCUGUGGAUCCAUUACCUGAAGCGCCUGAUCGUUGAGAACCACCCGGCGUCUAUCCCUCAGAAGGCCAAGCAAGUGCUGCUGGAGAACAGCUUCCAAAGUUCCCCGGAGAUCCGCUGCAGCCCGGAGCCCCUGAAGACGCCGGCCCCCUCUCCAAGGAUGGAGGACGCCUGGGGCUUCCCCCGCGGCAGGCGGCAGUCAGAGCCACCCAAAUUCAUGUGCAGCCCGGAGAGAGCCCGCAAAAGCUGCCCCGUCAUCCAGCUAGACGGCGCCACUCAGUACCGCCGGGGGCGCAGGCAAUCCGAGCCGGCCACUGAGCUGAGCCAGAUGGGGCAGGAGCAGAACGGUCGCUGUCGGGGGCUCCCAGCCACCCCCAAAUUGAAGCACGCGGGCAGCGAGGGGGAGCUGUUCCCCGCCCCACCGCCACUGGCGCUCUCGGGCAGCGUCUGCACCCUGGACUCCAGCGUGGCCGAGGAGUCAGACCCCGGCGAGGACGAUCCGCCUCUGAGCCGAGCCGUGCUGGGAGAACGAGCCGAGGGAAGCGAGGUUCAGGAGGGAGACGCCGCCGGGCGAGACGAGCCCCGCCGUGGCAGCCUCAGCAUGACGCAACCCCUCCCGCCGCGCCGUCCCCCCCGCAGCGAAUCAGAGGAGCAAAAGCAGGAGCGGGGCCCUUCCCCUCUUUGUGUCCUAGAAGACCUGGGUGCAGAGGAGGCCGCCGGCAAGCCAGAGGUCCUGGCAGGGGAUAACACCCUGCGUGCAGGGCAGGAAGCGUCCAGCGGGGAGCUCGGCUCCACCGAUGGGGCCUGCCCCCCAUACGGGGAUGGGUCAGCGCGGGACUCGCCGCUGACCCGAGAUGACCGGCUGCUGAUCGAGAAGAUCAAGUGCUACUACGAGGCGGGCGAGGCUGCCCCAGACCCCCCCGCUCGGGAGGGCGCCCUCUCCGCCCCCGCCGGCGUGAUGCGGGACUCUGUGCUCCACCUCAACCACCUCCCCCAGCAGGAGGGUGCCACGGACCGCGAGGGGGGCGGGGCUUCUUGGGCCAAGGCCCGCCCUGCCCGCCAGGAGGAUGCUAGGAGGAGGUGGGGCCAGUUUCUUGACCAAAACACCACCCCUCAUGACGCCAACCAAGAGGAUUCUGGGAAGGGAGAGGGCCCGGCCUUGGAUCAAGGCACUCAAUUUGGCGCCAACCAAGAGGCCCAAGAGGAUGCUGGGAAGGGACAGGGCCAGCCUAUCAACCCAGACAUCCAUGGCACCAACCAAGAGGAUGCUGGGAAGGGGCGGGGCCAGCUCAUCGACCAAGGCACCGAAGCUGGCGCCAACCAAGAGGAUGCUGGGAAGGGGCGGGGCCAGCCUGCCAGCCAUGUUGCCCGGCCCCCUGCCAGCCAGGAGCCCGAGUACAAGUCGUGCGCGGAGAUCCGGCGGGCCUGGCGGGAGAAAGAGCGGGGGGCGGCGGACGCCCUGGGAGCCCGCACCCCCCGCAUGAAGCAGGGCAGCAAAGGGCCGGCGGCCGCCCGCGAGCCCCCACCGUUCCUGGAGCCCCUGUGGAUUGUGGAGGAAUCGGAUCUGGCUGCCCCGCCCCGGCUGCCCCGUGGCGACGGGGUCCCUCGUGCCGAUGGUGUCCCGCCUGCCGGCUACGCCCCCCUGCCAGGGCUGUACGAGGACACUGCCCCUUGCCUGCUGGAGAACUCGGAGCGGAUCCUCAGCAAGGUGCAAGCCCUGGCGCGGAUGUACAGCGAGAAGAUCAGCCGGGCCAAGACGGCCCGGAGGCCGCAGGACGGGCCGCGCCGCCCGGCCCCCAGCAGGAUGGGCACCCUGGAAAGCCUGCGGGAGGAGAUGCCAGGGCCCUGCGUCCCUCGCUGCGAGCCCCGGCUUUACGGCCACGUGCUCAUCCGCGAGCCCCCCCUGCACGUGAACUGCGUCCAGGAGAACGUGCUGCUCGUGGCCGCCGCCCGAGGGAACGCCCUGGAUCUGCGCAGCGACCGGCCUGCACCUCUCCUGGCUUCCCGGUGCCUGGGUUCGCCCCCGGCAGAGGAGCCGGGAGCCGCCCGGCCGGAGCCUCCCCCCCCACUGGUGGAAUCGCCCCCGAAGCUCAGCGGGGACCCCCCGAGCCCAGGCGAUCCGGUUGGGGAAGGCCCCGUCAUGGGCAGCUCUCCCCCGCCGGCUCCUGACGCGACCGGUGGAACUGGCACGACUCCCGAAGCCAGGGACUUUGAGGGAGCCGGGUGCCCGUCGGUGCCAGGCUGCCGAGCCGGGCUGGCAGGGGCAGAGCUGGCGGUCUGCGGGCGCCGGGGUGAGCCAAGCGCCAGGGAGGUUUCUGCGGAGACGGCAGCCUCCUCUCCCUUCGGGGAAGCGGCCCCGAGCCAGCCGGCGUCGGAGGUGGCCGGGCUGGUCCCAGCCGCCUCCCCCAGCCCUGCGGCGGAACAGCAGCCUGCGUGUGUCGGCACGUCCGCCGAGCCCGACCCGCUGGGGCCGGGCCCCUCCAUCCCUGGCGCUGGCCCCCCGGAGCCGGCGGGGGAGCAGAGCGGGCCCGUCGCCGUCCUGCUGCCAGAGGAGCGAGCCCUGGCUUUGGGCAGGGAUUCCCGGCCUGGCACUGAGGCGCUGCUCCCCCAGCCAUCGCCGGGGCCCGUCCGCUGCGGGACUGGAGAGGCGUCCCUGUCUCCCGCGCCGGACCCCAUCCCGCCGGCGGCACCCUCCGGUGCUGCGGGAUCCCCGUCUCCGCUCCACAGCAACGUCCUGCCCCUGGCAGUUCUGCCGUCCCGGGGCACCCGCCUGCCUUCCCGGGCCACGGGAGUGGCACGCCCGUCCCCGGAGCUGUCCUCGGCUGCAGCUGCCCAGCCCAGCCGCUCCGUGGUCCGGUCGGCUCCCGCUUCGCCCAGCUCCGGCCCCCUCCCGGCUCUGCCGCGCCUCCAGACCUCCUCCCCGGCACACCGGCGCCUCUCCUCCAGCGCCGCGGCCAUCUCCAGGUACAUCGCCGCCUCCUGCAUCAGCCAGAGCCUGGCCAAGAGAAAUGGUGCCCCCUCGGGGCCACCUGGCACCCAGCCACCACUGGCAGAGACCUCGGCACCCACCAGGCCUCUGCCUCCCUGCUCAGCCAUCCCGAGACCGUCCUCCUGCCCCUUGGGAUCACCUGGCACCCAGCCUCCUGCAGCAGAGACUCCAGCACCCACCAGGCCUCUGCCUGCUUGCUCAGCCAUCCCGAGAUCAUCCUGCCCCUUGGGGCCACCUGGCAUCCAGUCUCCGUCGACAGAGACCCCGGCACCCACCAGGCCUUUGCCUCCUUGCGCAGCCGUCCCAAGACUGCCCCCUGGCCUCUUGGGCUCCAGAGCCCCAGCCCCCCCGUCUGCUCCAUUCCCCAGUGAGAAGGCCAACGCCUGGUCCCAUGGUACCAGCACGCGGGACCCUUCCCAGCUCAGUGUCUGCCCUUCCCCCUGUGCCAGCCCUGGGGCGCCCUCUCCCCCGGGCUGUUGCCGCGAUUCCAGCUGGCUGGGGGAGCCCAUCCCCUUGGCGUCUGGCUCGGCCGUGCUGCUGGCCUUCGACCGUCUCUCAGGGACGUGCCCGGUCCCCCGGGCUAAGCAGCCCGCCCCCUUCUCCUCCGCUUCAGAGCCCAGCUCCAGGGUCCAGUCUCCAGCGCCGGCGUGCCCCCGGGUGUGCUCCCCCCCUCCCUCCAGCCAGCGCCACGCAGUGGGAAGAGCUGGCUGCGCCCCCCCACGGCCUUGCUCCUUCGCCCCCUUGCACGUCCCCACCCAGCCUUCCACCCUUCGCCUCUCCUCCCCCCUGCAGCCCACCUCCCAUCCCUCCGCCACGUUACCUCAGCCAGGCAGGAGGCCGAGGGGAAACCCCGAGAGCCCCCCGUCCCCUAGAGACGGAGACAGGGCGGGGUGCUGCUCCGGGGCGCCCCCUAGCAACUCAGCCAGUCCCAGCCCCGACGAACUGGAUGGCAUCAAGUGGCCAGACGUCCCCGGCUUGCGUUCCAGGUACGCUGACCGGGCAGGCAGCAUGGGGCCGCCAGGCUCGCCAGAGGAGUACCCCAAAGCGAGAGCGGACUUGGCUCGGGACACGGGACCCCAUCGGGCCAGCUACUCCACCACCGUCAACAUCCAGAUCGGGGGCAGCGGCCGGAUCGCCUCCUUCAGCAACGCUCAGGUCAGCCUCACCCACCCGCUGCUGGCGGCGCCCGGGCAGCACGGCGCUAGGCGGAUCAACGGCAGCACCUUAGAGACCCCGCAGAAAACGUGACGGGCCAGGUCGGGCAGGGGGGUUUACAGCCACGGCUGCAGGAGCGCUCCUGGCUCUGCACGUGCCCGGGACCAGUGGUAAUAUAUUUCUGGGGCUGGCUGGUAUGUGGGGGGGAUGAAUUGUUAUUGACCCACUGGGGUUGGCAGGGGUGGGGCCAGAUCCCCAGCUAGGGUAAUUUGGCUGUACUCUAUUGACACCAGCUGGGGAUCUGGGCCCAUUAACCCCACUGGAAUGAGGCCCAUUGAUACUAGCUGGAGAUCUCGGUCCAUUGACUCUAAUGGAGCGAUGCCCAUUGACCCCCAGUGGAAUGAGGCCCAUUGAUACCACCUGGGGAUCUGGGUCCA